AUGGCCAGCGAGGCUCAAAACCCACAACAUUCACUCGCGAUAAUUGUCGUCUCCUUCUCUCUCUCUUCUCACCCCAAUAAAUACUCAAACCCUACUUCCACCAUUCACCAUCUCUCAACCCUCCUCUCUAACGAGGACUCUGUCGGCGGUGAUCAUCGAUCGCCGCCGGAAGCAAUGUCGUCCGGCAGGUACAUGGCCUACUCGCCGUCCCCCUCCGCCCCUCACUCUCCGCACAUCGGCGCCGCUGGCGGCGGCGGCGGGGUUAUGCGUGCUGCCGUCUCUGUGCUCAUGGAGCAAGAAAAGUACCUGUCCGAGUUGCUGUCUGAACGCCACAAAAUCAUUCCUUUUGUGGCUGUGCUCCCAAAUAGUUAUCGUUUGCUGAACCAAGAAAUAUUGCGUGUAACUAAGCUGUUGGAGAAUGCAUCACUAUUAGAACAUAACGGGCUUGAACAAGCUAGCCCCCUGGCUUCAGCAGGAAUAUAUUCAAAUGGAGGAGCUAACAACAGACGGCCAUCACCAUUUCAAUCAGAAGUGACGAGUUUGAUGCAGCCCUCUUCCACAAAUAAUUGGCUUGGCUCCCAUGGUAGCCCGUCAGGUCUUAUAGUCAAGCGACUGGUCAGAAUCGACGUUCCAGUCGAACAAUACCCUAAUUACAAUUUUGUCGGGCGCCUCCUUGGACCUAGAGGAAAUUCUCUAAAACGAGUUGAAGCUGCUACUGGGUGCCGUGUUCUAAUCAGAGGACGUGGCAGUGUCAAAGAUCCAGAAAUGGAAGCUGCAGUAAGAGGGAAACCAGGAUAUGAACACCUUAGCGAGCCCCUUCACGUACUUAUCGAGGCAGAAAUGCCAGUCGAGAUAAUUGAUGCUCGUGUUGGGCAAGCUCGUGAGAUAAUCGAAGAUUUGCUUAAACCAAUGGAUGAAUCUCAAGAUUACUACAAGCAGCAGCAGUUACGUGAACUUGCCCUGCUCAAUGGUUCAGUAUCUCCAUUCAACAGCAGCCUCGGAAUGAAAAGGGCCAAAAUUGGCGGGUGAUUUAUGAUCUUAAAAUCCAUGGCUUACUAUAUUUGUGAGCUCGACAAUAUUCCAAGUGAAAAAAAGGGCAGUUUCAGUCUUGCCUCAGGGGUCUAAUGGCACUGGUGAGGUAUUUGCUGCCUUCCGAGCGCCAGUUUGACUAUUAUAUAUAACCUUGUUUUGUUGCUCGUUCGGGUUGUGUGGAUGAAGGGUUUUUCGGGGGUGUCUCGCGUUAGGCGUAGUCUUAUUAUUAUUAUUAUUUUUUAUUUUUUUAUUAUGCAGUGUGCUUCAAGAGUUUUUGGUGAUGGAAAAAAGUGUAAUUUGUGCCUGAAAAGAAAAAAAAAACUGGAAAUGUUUCUCACCUUGGUGUCUUUUAAAGUUGAAAUUUCAAGAAACAAAAGGGGAUGUGAGGAGAUGAUGUUUUUCCUUUUCAUUGUGUAUUAUUAUUAAUUUAUUAUCUGUCUUUUUUUAGGCUUGGAUGUGUUAGAUUAAUUAUAUUUGCU